UAAAGAAUAUCUGGGCUAAGUAAUUGGUUACCAGUAUGGGGUGGAUGGGUUGAAUUAUUAUUAUGUCUAAACUUGUAAUCCUAUAUAUAUACCAUUCAACUUCCUGAUUAUUUUGAAUUUCAAAGAUCUUAUUCUUGUUCUUAUUCUUCCAACUUUGUUCACUUUCACUAUUACUACUUUCCUUAUAUACUACUACAUAUAUAUAUUCACAUACACUUCCCAAUAUGGUUUCAUCAGUUGAUUUAAAAGCAUUGAACAUUUUCCUCAAUACUCCUAUCAAUCAUGAUAUGAUUCAUAAGAUUGUGGUUGCAACUUUACAAGUUUUACCAUGUAAAGAUUCCAAAACUGCUAAAUAUCAAUCUAAAUCAGAUGAUGAUGAUGUUACUAAAAAUGGUGAUGGGGUUGAGAAACCAUUACCUUCUUUGAUGACAUUUUUAACUAGAUUAGUUCGUUAUACUAAUGUCUAUACUGGUACACUUAUGGCUACAUUAGUUUAUUUAAAUCGUUUAAAAUCAAAAUUACCAAAGAAUGCUCAAGGUUUAUCAUGUACUAGACAUCGUAUUUUAUUAAGUUGUUUGAUUUUAUCAUCUAAAUUUCAUAAUGAUUCAUCUCCAAAGAAUAAACAUUGGUCAAAAUAUACUGAUGGAUUAUUUAAUUCCAAUGAUAUUAAUUUAAUGGAAAGACAAUUAUUAUAUCUUUUAAAUUGGGAUUUAAAGAUUUCAAAUGAAGAAAUGUGUCAAGCUUUGAAUAGUUUCUUAGAACCUAUUAAAUUUGAUUUAAUCAAAUCAAACAAGAUGAGAAAAUUCUUAUCCAAUCAAAGAAAACAAGUGGAAGAAAAAUUGGCAUAUGCCGAAGCUGCUGCUGCUGCCACUGUCAAUACUACUUAUUCACCACCAUCUUCAUCAUCAUUGGAAAAUUCUCCAACUUCUUCAUCAUCAUCAUCUACAUCUCAUACAUCUCCAAAUCAAUAUACUUAUUCUAGAUCAUCUUCUACUUCAAGUAUAAGUUCAAAUAAUACUCAUUAUAGACAAGCUUCUACUUCGUCAAUUUCUUCAAUGGCUUCAACCACAUCAUCAAUCAUGGAUAAUGCUUCGAUGUAUUCUACUUCUUCAGCUGCUUCAUCAACAUCUGCUACUUCUCCAGUUAAAAGAGGUUCAACCUCAUCUGGUAUUGAUCCAAUCAUUGAAUUGACAGCUUUAAAAGAAGAACUUGAAUUGAAUCGAUUAUUAAGAAAAUUGAAUCCAAAUGCAGGAAUUUCAAGUUCUAAUAAUCAAUGUUUCCAAAAAUCUCAACCUCAACAACAACAAGCAGUUCCAUUAACUUACAACUAUUAAAAACACUCAUUACAUUCACUUUCGUUUCAAAGGUUAUACAUUUUUUAUAUUUACAAUUACAUUUUAUUAUGGGUCCCGGGUUCACAUUGAUAUACCUAAUGCUUUCA